AUGGAGUUCCUGUUUGGGAAGAGGAAGACCCCGGAGGAGAUGCUGAGGCAAAACCAGAGGGCACUGACUCGGGCCAUGAGAGAUCUGGACAGAGAGCGACAAAGACUGGAGCAGCAGGAGAAGAAAAUCAUAGCUGACAUUAAGAAAAUGGCCAAACAGGGACAGAUGGUGAGAGAAUAAGAGGGCAAAGAUAAGAGGCUUUAAAGGGGAAAAGUCUUGAUGCUUUAAUAUCAAUCGUUAUGCUUCAUUUUAAAAUUCUUACUCCUCUGUUACCAUUCCAGGAUGCUGUGAAAAUCAUGGCAAAGGACUUGGUUCGCACAAGGCACUAUGUGAAGAAAUUCAUUAUGAUGAAGGCAAAUAUCCAGGCUGUCAGUCUGAAGAUCCAGACUCUCAAGUCAAACAACAGCAUGGCACAGGCAAUGAAAGGAGUCACAAAAGCCAUGGCUACCAUGAACAGACAGGUGAUCAUUGUUUCAUUGUUUCAUUGUAUCAUGUGAUUGAUUCCUGUUAAAAACACAAUCCAAUUCUGUUUUAGAGGAUAACUUGCCAUUAGAACUGUAAAACACUAAUAAUAACCCAAAACGUUUGUAGUCAUUCUUGUUACCAGUGAAUUGUGCCAAUACAUUCUAUAGGCUCACGUCAUAUGUUCACUUCCCCUACACAGAUGAAGUUGCCACAGAUUCAGAAGAUCAUGAUGGAGUUUGAACGACAGAGUGAGAUCAUGGACAUGAAAGAGGAGAUGAUGAAUGAUGCCAUAGAUGAUGCCAUGGGUGAUGAGGAUGAUGAAGAAGAGAGGUAGGGGGUUCAUGACAGAAAUUUCCAGCCAAAUCAUUAAAAUCUCAAAACCAAAUCAAAUUUUAUUUGUCACAUGCGCCGAAUACAACAGGUGUAGUAGACCUUACAGUGAAAUGCUUACUUAAAAGCCCUUAACCAACAAUGCAGUUUUAAGAAAAAUAACUGUUAAGUAAAAAUAAAAAAAUAAGCCUGCACUACCUCAAUUUGAUCACAUCGUUAUUCGUGAAUGUUAUAUUAAAUUGUACUAUUCAUAUUUUUUGGCAUACUUUUGUUAGCUGGUAAAUCUAUGGAAACACUAACUCUCACUGUUUUAUUUACAGUGAUGCCGUUGUGUCCCAAGUGUUGGACGAGCUGGGUCUCAAUCUCUCUGACGAACUCUCAAGUAAGGAAUACAGUCAAGUUAUUGCGCUUGCAGUUAGUCAAAUUUACAACUGCAUUCACUACAAUGUUGUAGUAGUGAUACAGCUGGUUGUCACUUCAUCAAGAUUCCUAUGUAUACUGAUUGAUUGGAUUGAUUUCCUUGCUGUUCAUUUAGAUCUGCCAUCCACGGGAGGUAGCCUCUCCGUGGCAGGUGGGAAGAAAGCUGAACCCCAGCCAGCCCUGGCAGAUGCAGAUGCUGACCUGGAGGAGAGACUGAAUAAUCUCAGGAGAGACUGA